GACUGUUCAUUUUUUUAAAUAAUUAUUUUUAUUAUUUUAAAAUUUUUGUGUACGUUAUUUAAAAUAUAAAUCCAGUUUUAAGUUGUGAUCAAAAACAAUUUUAUUAAAAAUCGUAGUUUCUUGUGGACUUUUUUUUUAUGUUGAUGUUUCCGACAAUUAAUGUUUCUUGGAGUACCCUUUUUUUGCAUUAAAAAGUUAAUCUCCGUUAAUGGCUGUAAAUUUUCGUGUUGUUUAAUCGAUAAAAUCCGUGUGCGUUAUGAAUAAAUGCAUUUAAUAAAUUUAUUUGACUUUAUAAUAAGUAACUGAGGAUAAAAAUUUUCUGUUUUAAUAUAGUGCGAAGCAUUGUAUACUUGGAAUCUAAUUAGUACUUUGAAGUAUACGAUAUAACUUUCUAUACCAUAAACUUAUAUUAAAUAUUUGCAGCAAAUAAAUAUGUUUUCAAAAAAGAAAAAGAAACCUCAAAUUUCUAUGCCAAGUAAUUUUGAACAUAGAGUACAUACUGGUUUCGAUAAGCGGGAAGGUCGCUAUAUAGGUUUACCUUUGCAAUGGGCGUCUAUUGUUGGAAAUAAUCAAAUUUUAAAAUCAACAAACCGUCCACUUCCUUUAGUUGAUCCAUCUGAAAUAACACCAACAGAAAUAUUAGAUUUGAAAACAAUAGUGCGACCUCAUCAUAAUAACAAUAAAAUUGAUGAUACUUUAAAUGCAACUAGUUUAUCUCAUAUAUCCGCAACGACUAAUGGAGGAAUUAGUUUACCGAAAACGUCUCACGUAGCAAGAUCCAAUUCUUUAAGGAGUUCGAGUCCACCUAGAGCAAGACGUGAUUUACGUGGCAAUGCAAAUGUUCCUCCAGCUGUACCAGAAGAACCAGCACAAUCUAGUAUGAUUCAGCAACAACAAUAUCCGACAAUUCGUCGCGGAGAUGGAACGUAUAUGGCAAAACCGACAAUAAUUCAACAGCAACAACAACCUUUACCAAAUCAAACAAAUUUGCAAAUAAAUCCAAAUGUUCAAAAUACUAAUUCUUGGACUAAUUCGACACAGUCGGCUGCUGGAAUAAAUCAGUCUCAUAUUGUUCCUCCACCAAGUCAAUUUCAUGCUGAUUCACAGUCAUAUAUAGCAAAAACUUUCAAUGGAAAUGGUAAUUUAAGUAUUCAUACUGAUAUUGUACCCCCACCAAAUAUUCGAUCGCAAAAACCACAAAGUUCACCUGUUGGAUCAAUAUCUAGUACAAAUAAGCAGUUUGGUAACACUAAUAUAAACCCGCAACAGACAUAUCAGCAGGGAUAUAUACACGCGGCUCCUAUGUUAAGUAUGCAAACAAAUCAAACCCAAAUUCAACCUCCAAAUAGACCUCCUCCUCCAACUGGAAAUUCCGUUACAUCUGUACAACCUUCAGGAAAUUCAAUACAUAAUGCUAAUGAUCAAAAUCAAAAUAUAACGGUAGCACCUCCACAUCCAGCUCAAACACACUUUCAUCAACAUCAAAUCCACACUUCACAUCCACAUGGGCAUGUAACAAGUGUUUCAUCAUAUGGUAAUGCCAAAGCAAGUUCAAGAGGAUCAAAUUCUAGUGGUGGGACAGCAUCUAUAACACCAAGUGUUACAAAUCAACAAACUGUACCACAAAAACAAGAGCAGAGAUUAACGCAUGAACAGUUUCGAGCUGCUUUGCAAAUGGUGGUAUCUGCUGGUGAUCCUAGAGAAAAUUUGGAAAAUUUCAUGAAAAUUGGAGAAGGUUCAACUGGAACAGUUUGCAUUGCAACAGAUAAAUCAACAGGCCGACAAGUUGCAGUUAAGAAAAUGGAUUUGAGAAAACAACAAAGACGAGAACUUUUAUUUAAUGAAGUAGUAAUAAUGCGAGAUUAUCAUCACCCAAAUAUUGUUGAAACAUAUUCCAGUUUCUUGGUUAAUGAUGAGCUAUGGGUGGUCAUGGAAUAUUUAGAAGGCGGUGCAUUAACUGAUAUUGUAACGCAUUCUCGAAUGGACGAAGAACAAAUUGCAACUGUGUGCAAACAAUGUUUAAAAGCGUUAGCCUAUUUGCAUUCUCAGGGUGUUAUACAUCGUGAUAUCAAAUCUGAUUCAAUAUUAUUAGCAGCAGAUGGGCGUGUAAAAUUAUCUGACUUUGGUUUUUGUGCUCAAGUAUCACAAGAAUUACCAAAACGUAAAUCUUUAGUUGGAACACCAUAUUGGAUGUCACCGGAAGUAAUAUCACGUUUACCAUAUGGUCCAGAAGUAGAUAUUUGGUCACUUGGUAUAAUGGUUAUAGAAAUGGUUGAUGGUGAACCACCUUUCUUUAAUGAGCCACCAUUACAAGCAAUGCGACGUAUACGUGAUAUGCAACCACCAAAUUUAAGAAAUGCUCAUAAAGUUUCACCACGUCUUCAAUCAUUUUUAGAUAGAAUGUUAGUAAGAGAUCCAGCUCAAAGAGCAACUGCUACAGAAUUAUUAACGCAUCCGUUCUUAAGACAGGCUGGUCCACCAUCCUUAUUGGUACCUUUAAUGCGUGGUACAAGAUCACAAAAUUAAAACAAAAACAAAAGCGAAAAAAUAAAAUUGACGAAACUUAAAAUUUAUUAAGUCAAAUCUAAUAAUAAUAUUAAAACAAAAGUGCGUUUAAAAUAAAAUGAAAAAAAACCAUUCCAGUAAAACAAGAGAAAUAUUACGAAAUUUUACAUUCUAAAUGAUUUAAACAAAAUUUUCGUUUUCCUUUAUGAAUGUAAGUGCCUUAUAUUUUGGCUUAUUCUAA